AUGUGGGAUCGUUUGGAGGACUCCCAGCCACCCCCCGAUAGUCGGAACGGCUUCGAAUCUAGCUGUCCAUUCCGUAAAAGCGUGCGUACCCUCGAGCAAGAGACAGGAGGAGCAGGUGUACCGGCAAUGUCGUUUCCAGGAGCACCCAUCAUGAGGGCGAACGCCCUGUCCUCGCUCCACCCUCCCCCAGAAACUCCCAAGCGACACAGCCUCACAGUUUCAGUCUCAGAUAUUUCCGAGGUUGUGGACGGUAGCGGAAGAUUCAUAGCAGAUGCGGCCCGUGAGACUCUGAUAAAUGCAGCUCGAGACGGUGACGAGAGUUUGGUCAAGAAACUCCUCGAGUCAGGAACAAAUGUCAACGCCGCGGAAAUAUCCGGGAAGACCGCUUUGCAGGCGGCGGCGGAGAACGGCCAUGAGGGCAUGGUGGUGCUACUGUUGAAUGCUGGGGCAUCUUUGGUUACACCUGCUGCUGAGUACUCUGGGAGGACGGCGUUGCAGGCUGCGGCGGAGAGGGGAUAUGGUGGGAUUGUGAAAAGGCUUAUAAGCGCUGGGGCGAAAAUCGAUGCUCUCCCAACUGGAGAUUUUGGUAGAACUGCCCUACAGACAGCAGCGGGAAGCGGUCACAUGGAUGUAGUCGAAAUCCUGCUAAGUUGCGGCGCAAACGUUGAUGCCCCACCAUCCAAAUCGUCCGGGAGAACAGCUUUACAAGCUGCAGCGGAGGGCGGGCAUGACGAAGUGGUACUGAUGCUUCUCAGGGCGGAGGCGUACGUCAAUGCAUAUCCAUCGAGUUUCCAUGGUAGAACAGCGUUGCAGGCUGCAGCUGGGGCAGGGCAUGAAAACAUUGUCAAGAUCUUACUGGAAUUUGAUGCAAACAUCGAUGCCCCACCUUGCGAGUUUUCUGGAAGAACUGCGCUGCAGGCUGCUGCGGGGGAGGGAAGAGAAAGUGUAGUUUCUCUGCUUUUAAGAAAGGGGGCGAAUAUAAAUGCACCGCCGGCAAACUCUUCCGGGAGGACUGCGCUACAGGCUGCGGCAGAGGCCGGCCAUGAGAGAAUCGUGAAAAUAUUGAUCGACGCCGGUGCAGACACGGAUGCUCCAACAUCAGAAUUUUCCGGAAAAACGGCACUGCAGGCUGCAGCGGGAGGGGGCUAUGAAGAAAUUGUAAGGCUCAUCCUGGAAGCAGAGAUUUCUACGGGAGCGGCGAAAACGGAAUCGUAUGGAGCGGAAGCACUGGAGGCUGCUGUAAAUGCUGGGCAACUGAGGAUUGUGAGGAUGCUGCUGGACGCUGGUGUGAAUAUAAACACUAGAAACUCUAUGGGAAGAACGUGCCUGUUCUCAUUGAAGAUGAGUAGUGAGACGUUGCAGGAGCUGGUGAAACUAGGUGCAUUUAUCGACCAUGCGGAUUACGAUGGAAUGACACCGCUGCAUUAUGCUGCUGAGAAUGGGUGCAAGGAACUUCUUAUCAGUCUGCUAGACGCAGGCGCUGAUAUGGAGAUUGAAGAUAAUAGAACUCGGAGGCCAUUGCAUUUGGCGCUGGAGAAGAAGUAUGAGGACUUGGUGAAGGUGAUGCUUGGCAGGGGUGAUAAUAUUCGGGAAUCGCGUGUAAAGAGUUGGCAAGCAGUAUUGAACGCAGGUGACACCGACAUCAUUAUGAUAAGCGAGGGUACGUCCGGUGCGAACGAUAUCAAGAAGGUUGACAUCGACAAUGCGAAAAUUGGGAUCGAGACAGAGGAUUUGCUACCAUUGAAACAAUUCUAUAAUGCAAAUGGGCUCAAAUGGGAUGAUCUAAGGUGCAAAAGACUCGUUGAUCCCUGGAACUUCAUGUCGAAAUAUUUGGCUUUACAUGGUAAUGUUCGCCCAGAAAUCAGCGGUGCUGAUGUGCAAUGGAUAUGGGCGCUGGUGAACCCAAGGAAAGACUUACACGGCCCUACACGGAACUAUGGUCUUGGGAUCCCAAACAUUGGAAAUAUCGCAACAACUGCCCAUACUAAAGCGCUAUUGGUCUGCUAUGUUGCAUUUGACUUUGUCGUUCACAUCCCUCCAGAAGUGGCACAACUUGAACCUGAUGAAACCCCACAGGAAUCGUGCUUCCAUACUGAGAUCCAGAAAACACAGAUCUCAUGGAUCAUGCGAAAGGCUGGAUCUGGGGACCAGCAGAUAUUCCGCUCCAUGAACUACAGGAGUACUUUGGAGUAUGGCUGUGUGCCAAGGCAUGGAGUUGAUUUCUUUACUCUGUUCAUCGAAGAUCUACAUCAAAAGUGGCUGGAUAUCUUUCAUAAAGCCGAGGAACACCUCAAACAAAGCCGGAAAAACCUCUUGCUUAAAGAAGGAAAAACCACAAGUCUUAUACGAACGUUUUUAAGAGAUGCGCAACUAUGGUCGGAUUUCAGAACAUUGUAUAAGCAGCACGUGAGAGAAGCCAAAGCUUUGGUGAAAGAUUUCCGCGAGAAGCGACUGCUUUAUGAUGAAGUCAACCACUUCGAAGACAAAGCAACAUUAACAGAGGAAUCCCUUGGGGACGGUACACAGAGCGAAACGUCAUCAAUCUUUUCUUCCGACUGUCCCGAGCAUGAGAAAAAGAAGAAGAAGAAGAAAAGGAAGAAGGACAGAAAGGGGAAAGAUCCCAAAGAGAAAAAGGAUACAAUAUAUCACGAGACGAAACAUUUGGAUGAAUUGAUAGAUGCUAUGAAGAAGGACUGCAGAGAAAAUAUAAAGAAGUUGGAGAAAAGGACGAAGGACAUGAUCGAACUCGAAUUUAACUUGGUUUCCAUUUUCGAAGCACGUAUAUCCACCACAACUGCUCAGAGCAUGAAACGCCUCACCUGGAUCACGUUUAUUUUUCUACCAUUGCUUUUCGUAGCUAGUUUGUUUGGUAUGAACUUGGAUAUAUUGGAAACUGGUCCGGUUAAGUGGUGGUGGUAUGUGGUUUUGAGUUUCUCACUAUUUGUAAUGGUCCUCGCCGGAUGGGCUAUGUUCAAAUAUUCCAGCGACGUUGGUACGUGGUGUGAAUCUAUGUUUAUGACGCUUUGGAAUAAAUUGCCACCUAUUCCUACACCUAGACUUCGAGAAAAGAGCGGUCCUAUGGAUGAUCUUGAAAAUGGGUUUAGUUUUAAGAACCCUAAGUUUAAGUUCACUUAA